AUGCAGACACCAGAGCACGACGACGAUGCAGUGGCGAAACUUCGUCAACAGCUUCAGUGUCUUGAGCAAGAAAACGACGACCUCCAAUCGUACGUGCGCAGGCUCAAAGCGACCGAGGAAGACUUGAGCCACAGAAUCGAGCGAGCCGAAGAAGAAGUUGUCUUUGCGCAGCAGGAGCUUGAGUAUUUCAAGGAGGAGCACGUGAUAUCACCGGCGGCGCAGAUCAACGAGCUGAGAGGUAACCUGCAGAGGUACAAGACGGUAGUGAGUCGCUUGCUGAGUGUAGUCGAUAUCCCAGACGUGAUGCCGGACGACCCUGCCUUUUGUUCACAUGUUGAAACGGAUGAGCUUGAGCUCGUUACCCAUCGUCACCGGAACACUGACGACGUUGUCGAAGCCAGUGCCGGACGUCACGACGACCAAUACUGCGCACCUCAUGAUGGGAGUGAUCAAGCGUGGGCCAAUGUAGUGGACAAUCUACGAUCGGAAGUGCGGACCAAGAACGAGCAGCUGCAGGCCGUCGAACGCGAUUACGAAGAAUUCAUGGUGGCCAGCUACAAGGUGGAAAAGGCUUUGGCAAGCGAGACGACAAACUUGAAGCACUCCAUCGCAGCCUUGCAAACAGAAAACGCGCGUCUUCAAUAUCUCCUCGUCACCAAGCGCAACAGCUGA